AUGGGCGGCGCACCCGCCUACGCCCAGCGUCGAUACAAUGCCUCGUCGCAGUCGCCGCCCGCGCAACUCUACAACGGAAUCGCGAAUACUACAUCGAUACAGCAAGCGCCGGGGAGCUCGGGGGUGUCGUCCGUUGCUGGACAGGGUGGUAGCGGCGGUGGUGACGGAGGAGGGCUCAGUGCGACGGUACAGCAGCAGUACCAGCGGAUAGCGAGGUUCGUGGGACCGCCGCCGGUGGCACUGGCGUGCACGGAGUGUCGGUCAAGACAUCUCAAGUGCGAUGCCGGAACGCCGGCGUGCACUCGGUGCCUCGCCGACAAGCGGGAGUGUAAUUACGUCAAGUCGCGGCGGGGGUGGAAGGGUACAAGACGGAAGAAAGUUCAGCAGCAGGCGGCAGCGACGACGAAGGCUGGUGGCGGUGGCGGUGGGGGUGGGGUGGAGGGCGAUGAGAUCAAAAAUGGUGAUGCAACGGAGCAGUCAACAACGCUACUGUCCGGAACCGAUACUGAAGGGCCGGAUGGAGGAUACUCAAGUGGUAAUCCGUCGGCCGUCAAUGGCGGUCCCCAUACGAACCCCCUCGAGACCCUGCGCAACCAACACAAGUAUUCCACCUUUUUCCCAUCACAACAAGAGCUCCCCAAUGACCCGCCCGCAACCGCAAACCUGAUGCAGCUAUAUUACGCCUACUUCCACGCCUCGCACCCAUUCUGUCUCCCUCCCGCAUACCUAAUCAAAACACCCGUCCACCAGCUCACCGUCCUCCUUCCGGUGAUGAGGUACAUUGCCAGUUUCUUCGCCAAAGCCGCAUCGACGAUGGAUUUCUGUCGCGAGGCCGAGAUGGCAUUGUUUGGCAGCGCCCAUCCUCCUGCGAAGGACGCCUUCACCGUCCAAGCACUACUGCUGUUCACCAUCGGCCUGCACAGCGAAGGUGACCAUGCACGUGCCGCACAGGUGAAGGAUUUCGCCGUCGAGCUAGCCCUCGAGCUCGGCAUGAACCAGAAGGAGUUUUCCGACGGGACCGGCGGGGGUGUAGGCGGUGGGGAUCCGGGACGGGUGCUGGAAGAAUCGUGGCGGCGCACCUGGUGGGAGCUCUAUUUCGUCGACGGCCUCAUGGCCGGUGUGCACCAGAGAGAUAACUUCAAACUCUGGAGCGUGGAGUGUACUGUCCCGCUCCCGUGCGAAGAGCUGGACUAUGCGGCAGGACGGAUACCGGAACCGCACUCGCUGCAGGAAUUCGACGACCGAUACUUUGCUACCGAGAAUACGGUGUUUAGCAGCUUUGCGUACCGUGUCGAGGCUGUCAGGAUCCUGGGACAGGUGCUGAGUGUUAGCAUGAUGGGCACACCGGAUGAAACGCGCGCUGAUGCCGCCGAUGCCAGUUUGGUCAAUUGGGGCUUGCAUCUGCCAGAGGUCAAGAAAGAGCUCGUCAAAGGCCGUGAGAGAAGGGUGGAUGAGAUGUUGUUUCAGGCGCACAUGGUUAUAAAUGCCGCAAUAAUCUACCUCAACCGGCCAAAAUCACACCUUGCCUUCCCAUUGAUCCCCGACGACACCAGCGUGACGCCGCAGCCCUCAUGGACACCCUCGACCAAGCCCAUGGCGUUGCACACGGCACGCACCAUCGCCAGCGCCAACACGAUCGCAAAGCUGGUUACCCUUCCCACGCCACUAAUAAAACACACACCCUUCCUGACUUGCAUCGUAACCCUUGCCUGCAUCGUGCACCUCUCGGCAUGCUCCUGGCUAUUGAGCGGCGAUGAAGGAUUCCUGGCAAAGGAGCGCAUACGACUCGGCGUUGGGGCGUUGAAAACGCUGGGGUGUGUGUGGGGCGGUGCGACAGAGGUGCUGGAACAGGUCAAGGGAGUGGCGCGUGAGGUGUUUAGACUCGAGCGGGAUGGCGAGGCGGGGAUCGUCAGUGAGGAGGAGGUGCUGCGGUUCUUGGAGGACGAGGAGGUGGCGGACUGGGGGGCGGGCGUCGAGGGCGAGUGGGCCGUCGGCGUCGGCGUCGAGUGGGAUGGCAGCUGA